CACCUUCCGCUCCGGCGCCCUCCCCGUGCUCUGCGACCCGACCACCCCGCAGCCCGAGGACAGCCACCUGCCGCAGCUGGGCCCCGGCUCGGGCUUCCCCAGCGCCCUGGGCAGCCCCAUAGCUGCUCGACACCAGUGGACCAGAGCAUGUUUGAAAAUGCCAGCGCCAGCACGGCCCCCACCCCGCGCCCGCAGCACGGCCCCGCGGGCACCCCGGCGCAGCCCUCCCGCCCUGCCGGCAGCCAGCACCUCCGCAACCUGGGCAAGGCCGUGGGGGCCAAGGUGACCGAUCUCCUGCGCCGCAAGGAGCCGGCUGGCCCCCCCGGCGUGGGGGUGACGGAGGUGAACGCCAGCGCCGGUGCCGCGCUGGGCACGGGACAGCUGGGAAACGAGGAGGGGCCCCCGGGGCUGGACGCCUUCCCCCGGCUGGACCCGCCGCCCCCCGUCGCCAAGAAGAGGACUCCGCGUGCCCUGAAGACCCCGCAGGACAUGCUCAUCGCACCCCAGCCCGUGGGCAGCAGCGUGGCGGAGCCCCCCGAGCCGCCCCCAGCACACCCUGACCCUGCCGAGGAGUGGCUGGGGACAAGGGACCUGUCCCCUCCUGAGCACCCUGGGGUGCUCGGCGCCACCGGUGCCUCGGCACCGAGUGGGGACCAGCCGCCUGGUGCCCUCCCCGUGCCCGACCUCAUCCACAAAGGCAGCCUGGAGACCUCACCCCGCAGCGAGAAGUCCCCCCGGGGCCCAGGGCUGGAGCAUGAGCUGCCGGGGAGCGUGGGGCACCCAGAGCCCUGCACCCCGAGCCGGGAGGCAGAGGGUCCCCACCCUGACCUGCUGUCCUUCGAGUAGCAGCGGGAGAGGGGCACGGUGGGGGCUGGCUCUCCCAAACACCUCUCUCGCUGCCGCUUACUGUUCUUGGGGUCGCUAUUUUGGGGAUGGGGGGGGAACCCCAGGCUGGUAGGAGCCACUCCUCAGCCGUCAUUCCUGAACCCCUCCUCCCCAGGUGCCCCGGAGGAGCACUGCCUGUCUUGCCACCGCUUCUGCAGCCUCGUGUGCGGGUGCAGAAGCGCCAGGACCCUCCUCACACCCACAUCCCACCCCCUGUGCCCACUGAGCAGCCCCAUUCCGGGCUGCCCGUGGACCCCCCCAGCCCUGCCGCACACUGUCCCCAGCCCCGAGCUGUGUCCAGGGGCCGUCCCGUCCCUUUGCGGUGCCAUCCCUUUGCUGUGGAGCCCCAGCCCGUGCUCGUGGCAUGGGGAGGACUGAGCUGCCCCGGUGGGCACCUCACUCUGUGCGGGCCACCUCCCCUGCCCUCUGGGAUUUUGGGGAGCGGUGGAGCUUCUGCGGGAGACUGGGACACGAGAAGUCACGCAGUCCCCUGAUACCGCUCCAUGAUCAUUUCUGGAGAGGUUAUCCCGCACGGGGACCCCAGGGCUGGGUGCGAGGAAGCAGCUAUGGGAUGGCACGCGGUACCUGGAGCAUCCUCGCCUCAAAGGUGGGCACAAACUGCCUUUGGGCAGGGCUGGGACAGGUCUCACAGCCCCACCGGUGCUACUGAAGGGUGGACACCCCAAUUGGGACCUUGUAAAGCCACAAACCGCCUUCCAGCAGUAGUGUUGAGGGCACCGCGUCCCCUGGAGCUGGUGGCAGGCGUGCGGCAGGGUCUGGGGCGCCAGAGGUGGGCUGAAGCCUCUCCUCCUGCUGCCCCCGAGCCCAUGGGUGCCGGGACAGAGAGCCUGUAAUGGGAUUGUGCUGUGCGUGGCCGCUGCCACCCCAAACACCGGUGUGUGUGUCCAUGCCACCCACUGGACGCCUGUAGGGCCGCCUCGAUGGGGACCAGGGCUCGCAGCCCCUCUCAGAGCACCCAGCGUCUUCCACCCCUGCGCCCCACUGUGGGUCCCGUCCCUCUAUUUAUGGCCUCUGGGCCGCACGUGUACUUGGGGCCAAAAGAUGCGGAUUGCACAAUAAACGGGUGGGGUUGUUUUUUUUUAUUAUUAUUAUUA